AUGCUCAUUGGCUAUGAAUUGUAUUUGGAUGUCAAAGUUCAACAUCCUGGAAUGCCGAAAAGUUCCAUAUCCGUAUCAUACUCGAAUCCACAAGGGGUUUACUACCCCGGUACAAAUGUGGAGGGCGUUGUCCAUCUCGAACUCACGGAAUCGAUUAAAGCCAGAUCGCUUCGAAUAACAGUCGAUGGAAGAGCCCACACUUAUUGGAAGGUAACUCGAUCGAGGACAGUGAGCACAGCCCGAACAGAAAACUAUACGGAAACCUACUCGGCCAGUGUGAUCUAUACAGAGGGAACCAGUGUAGCAUGGUCUGCACCGAAAGGCAGCAAAGAGGUACUGAAUGCUGGCUCUUACCAGUUCCCGUUCACAUUUCAUCUACCGCUGGAUUGUGCUCCAAGCUUUGAAGGUUUAUAUGGUUAUAUCCGCUACAUGAUCAAGGUUGAACUUGAUCGGCCAUGGCGAUUUAAUAAAACUGAUAAACGCCUUUUCACUGUUAUUCCUAUGUUCGAUCUGAAUACGAUACCUGAUGCAGCAAUGCCGAUCAAGGAGUGUGUAGUGAAAAAUUUGGGAAUCGUACUCUUUAGACAUGGCAAGGUUUCCGUCCAGUGUGAGAUACCGAAAACCGGCUUUGUACCAGGGGAAACAAUUGUGAUAAACGCUUACGUCAUCAAUGACAGCUCGAAGGAUAUCGUUAAGGCAAGUACCAAAUUGGUGGAGAUAUCAAAAUACGUUGCCUUUCGCCACGGUUCUACCUUAAAUCAUGGAUAUUUCAUUGUGAAUCAAAACAUGGAUAAUUCUCGUGAACAACAACGAAAGCUUGCCACAGGAGAGCAGGAUGUCUGCAUAGAGAAGAAGGGCCGUGGCAACGUACAGUUAUAUCUACAGGUCCCCCCUACAGUGCCUACAUUCAAUUGUUGUCCGAUUGUUAGUGUUGAAUACAUAGUCAAGGUGAAAUUCAAGACCUUAGCCUCAUUCAAAGGAAAUGUGGGGACUCACUGUAAUAUAAUAGUGGGUACGAUCCCAGUCAGAAGUCCACAUGUUCCGCCUCAACCUUCUGCGCCACCUUCUGCACCACAAGCAGAUAUGCCGCUACCGUCAUCGAGCGGCCCUUCGGCCCCACCCUUGGAAACACCUCCACCCGCUUAUCCUGUACUUAACGGAGACAGUGUGAAUGGACCUCCUCCGCCAAGCUACGAAGAAGCAGUUCAGGGGACAGGAGGCACCACUAUGGACACCGAUGACAUGGAGCCUUUCGUCCCUCGUUACCCAUUCUAUCCGCAAUUGACGGAUAUCGCUUCGGAGAAGAGAAGAAUCGAUGACACUUGCACAGCUUAA